UGUAAACUGCUUUCAAGAGCUUUCUGCAGAAUGGCUAAUUUGGACGGCUCUGGAAGGCGUGUAGUUAUCAAGGACAGUAAGCAGGUACCGCAUGUCUUCGGAAUGUUCGUGUUCGAUGAUAUGAUGUUCUGGAGCGACUGGACCAACCGUGGACUUCUGUUUGCCCACAAAAUGCGAGGGGACAACGUGUCGAUGCUUGUCGGCACUGUCAUGCCGCCUUAUUCCGUUAAGGUCUUCCACGGCGCCGUGCAAAAGCCUGGACCGAAUGUAUGCGAAGCAACCAAAUGUGAACAUCUGUGCGUACCGAAACACGACGGUUCCGGGAGCAAGUGCUUAUGCGCCGACGGAUUCAAAAUGCGAGAAGAUGGGAGUUGCAGUGCAGAAUGCGCAAAACAUGAGUUCCUCUGCCCACGUCCUGAUCAAAAGUACGAUUUUGCCUGUAACACUAGCUCAUUUACGGCUGCAGUUUUUUUGCAUAGUCAUUAA